AUGUGGUCCGCGGUUUCUUUGUUGCUAGCCCUCCCAUGGGCUUCGGCGAACCCAGUCUCGGCCUCGGUGCCCUCCGCUGCCCCGAGCUCCACCCCGACCCCGACCAACCCUAAGCCCCUCCUCAGCGACUUCGACGCCCUAGGCGCGUGGUUCGACGGCGUCGCAUCAAUCGCGCAAACGCCCAACCUAACGGCCGCCGAAACCGCGAAAUUGAGAAACACAAGCAUCGCCAUCAUCGGCGGCGGCAUCUCAGGCCUCUCCACAGCGCUCUUCCUCGACUCCGUCGGCGUGUAUAACUGGGAGAUCAUCGAAGCGAGUGAGCGUAUUGGCGGGCGCUUCAGAACAAAAUAUGUCGGGAAUAGUUCUGAGUGGGCGGAGAUGGGGCCUAUGAGGUUGCCGUAUCGCGUGAGGUGGGAUGAUGGCGAGGUACUGGAGUAUAGUGACCAUAGGAUGGUUUGGCAGCUUGUUGAGAAGUUGAAUCGAAUGAAUAAGAAGAGGGGAGAAGAGGAGAGGAAGGUGGAUUUUAUUCCGUGGGUUCAGCAUCAUCCGAAUGAGUUGAUUGCGCAGGGUACAAACCGGCACGUCGAUGGAUCUAUCCCGACGCGCGGGGAGAUCGAGGCUGAUCCGUCGCUGGAAGAGGACACUGCGAUGUCUACGGAGCAGUAUAAUACCACGCAAGACAGAAUGGACGCUAUCUUGAAGGAUAAAGAGACGCUAAAGUCCAUCCAGCGCGACCCCUGGCGCGCACAUAGGAAGGCCAUGGACCAGGGCCUUGAUGACUGGAGCGAACAGGCCAUGAUGCGGCAUGUCUUCGGAGCUUCCGAGAACGUGACUGAUCAGAUCUGGACGGACUCGGAUUACGAUGUGUUCUGGGACGAGCUGCAUCAUAAUUCGAAUCUCGGGCUUGAUGGGAGUAGCGGGAGUAUGGGGGAGACGGAGUGGAUGUGUAUUGACGGGGGAUUCGAUCGGUUAUCCGAUGCUUUCCUCCCGCAUAUAAAGGACAGACUCACGUUGAAUCGCAAGAUCCGCAAACUCGAACCUAUCACUGCUGCCGACGGCAAGCCGAAAACGAAACUAUCCUGGUAUCCAUCUGUGUCGAACAGAACUUUCGAAAGCAAAGAAUAUGAUUACACAAUCAUGGCCAUCCCCUUCACGCAAACCCGCUUCAUGGACCUCCCCACCUACUCCUCCGUGCUCGACCGUGCAAUCAGCGAAGCGGGCCUGCGCUUCAAAUCAGCCUGCAAAGUCGCCCUGCUCUUCUCCGAACGCUUCUGGGAGAAAGGCCCUAAGCCAAUUUUCGGCGGUUACUCAAAGCCACCCAGCAACGCCAUGGGUGCGCUGUACUACCCCGUCUACGGACACAACGAGUCUCGGCCUGGUGUUAUCAUCCAGUAUCGUGGUGGAGAUUGGUCGGACCGCCUCGUCUCCUUCUCCGACGAAGAAUACGUAAACACAGUCCUCGAUGCCAUCGUCUCCCUGCACGGUGACCAAGCACGCGAGUACUACACAGGCGACUAUGAGAAACUCUGCUGGUUGGAGGACCAGCACACCGCGACAUCCUGGUGCAGACCGGACGUCGAGCAGCACAAGUUGUAUAUCCCCGCUUAUCAUAUUACCGAGCAUAACACGGUGUUUGUGGGGGAGCAUACGGCGCCGACGCAUGCGUGGGUUAGUAGUAGUUUGCAUAGUGCUGUUAGGGGGGUUGUGCAGGUGUUGCUGGAGUUGGGGUUGGUGAGUGAGGCGAAGGGGGUUAAUGAGGAGUGGAUGGGGAGGUGGAUUCAGAGGGAUUAA